GGCGCUGAAGGCUGGGGAACGUGUGGCAUCUCCAGCUUCAUCCCGACCUUGCUUGUUCUUCCGCUGACCAUCCAAUCCCUGGCGGACAUGCGUAUAUGCAGUCCAGUCGCAGAGUCAAGGCCGUCUCGUCAUACAUAUCCUGACACGCAGCAUCGAUUUACUUAUGCCAGUACAGUCGUGGGUAGACCAACCUGACCAUAUCCCAGCUUGACGAGCCAAGAGGGACUCCAGUUGCUGCAGAUAGAUCUACUCCACGUAUGCCUUGCGCCUGACACAUACACACACACACUCUCUCUCUCGGGAUGGAUUCCAGCUCUGAUCGGCCGUCACCCCUAGCCAGUAUAGAGCAUCUCUCUUCUUCUCUUCCUACACCUCAGCCAUGGGCAAACCAGUCUCUCUCUACAUUGGGGACUCGCGGCCGGCUAUUCAAUCCCGCCCUGGACGAUCCGACGCUUGCUCGACGGACCACUGCUUUGCGCCAACUUCAUGGGAUUACUAGGCCUCCUCAGCGGAAACAUCGUCAGUCUGCUUCUAUUGCAAGCCGGGCCUCUCUGUCUUCUCAACCGGUUAUUGUUCGGACCUAUUCUGGAGGAUCGGAGAGGGAAUCUACAAUGUCAAGGAGGCGGAGCUCAGACAGAGAACAAAAGACGACUAAUGCUCCUCCAGCACGUCUUCCGUCAGUUGAUGAGUUCGGUAUCGAAGGCAUACUACAGUCCAUCGAGCCCAACAUACAGGUGACUUUGGAUGCUAUAGCCGAGAUAUGCGGCCGAAGCAAGCUAAGUCUUGCAAAUGAAUACGGGAGCCAUAGACCACCUCUGGGUGAGAUCAGAGCACCUGCACGAACGAGUGAUCACGGCCUUUUAACAGUGGAAGAGGCAAGCCCUAGCACGGAGAGGCUUGCAGACGACAAUGUCUUAGUCGUUGGUGACGAUAUCAGCACUGUGGAUGGGCAUGGUCGGUAUUCGUCUACUUACGACUACCUCAAUCCAAUACCCCGGCCAACGGGUCUCUUUGAUUUCCGCAAUUCACUUCCUCAGGCAUGGGCAGAGACAAACACGACACAGCAGCAGGCUGAAUCUCACACGCACACCAUAAGAAGAGAAUUGGCCCCUACUCAUGAAGAGACUGUUCCCCCAGCCCGCCACCAUCACCUGGUAGAUAAAGGGAGGCUGCCGUAUCUGCCUUGGGCUCUUGACACUCGUCUUGAAAGCGGUGAUUACAAUGCUACUAGACAGUCAAUGAUGACACGUCCUGUUAUAUCUGCUGUCCAUCUAGACGCCCAGGCCGAUAGGUCUUAUCACUUGACUGAGCCAGACAGGCCAUGGCCUUCGACUGGCGCGAUAGUGGACGUUCCAGACUACGGUGAACUUCCACAUAUCAAUGGACACAAGCAAAAAUCCCACUCUAGGAAAUCCUCCGUUCUGGAUGAAUUGCAAGGGUUCCUCAGUUGGGUUGGAAAAAUGAGUCGCGCUCAUGGUAAACCCAGCCAAGAGGUCACAUCCCUUGUAUCUGCACAGGAAAAGCUACGAGAUGUUUUAGAGAAACAAAAUGCUCGGCUUAGCCACCUCCCUAAUAAUUGAAGUCUUACCAUACAAUCUUGCUUUUCCUUUAUGGUCAACAUGUCACGAUUCACGAAGCGGAAUAACGACAAUUUCACGACUAUCAUGAGUCUAUUUACCUAUCUAUACUCUGUACUCUGGCAUAUGUGGUAUACAAACCGACUUCUGUAUGUCGGAAUGUGUAUUUCAACCAAUGGAAUUAGUUCUUUUUUGUUUAGCGCGUCACAAGUGGCAGGUAGUUUAACAACUGAGC